GUCUGCGUUCUAUUGAAAAUGUGCAUCUUGAAUGCCCAUGGAUCCAACUCGGUACCAUGUGCUCUCACCACCUCAGGUUUUAAAAUGACGGCGUCAUCAAUUAUCAUUUGUAAGCCCCAUGGAAGUAACAUUCAAUCACAGUCACCCACAUAAACAUCACCUCGUCUACAAAAAUGUAAACAGAUAUCGCAUUUACAGUUACCAUCAAUUCAGCGUUGCUUAUCACCAACUUAUUUUUAGCGCUACCUACCCAAACCACGCAGACCCUGGGCACCUCUCUCACAAUGAAGUCGAUUACCCUAUCCGACCCAGGAAAGCCUUCCACAUACAUCUUCAAAGAAUUCCCCAUUCCCGAACCGCUACCAGGCCAUGUCGUUAUCGAAAUCCGAGCAUUCGGUUUGAAUCAUGCCGAGGUGUUCAUGCGAAAGGGGGAAUGGAACGAAACAGCAGAAGUAAGCGGUAUCGAAUGCGUCGGAGUUGUCCAUUCAUGCCCAGGUGGAGAAUUCGCCAUUGGUACGAAAGUAGCUGCGAUAAUGGGAGGAAUGGGCCGGACUAUCCCAGGAAGCUACGCCGAGUACACCCGUGUGCGGGUUGGGAACGUUGCGUCUAUCGACAGUUCGUUGAGCUGGGAAGACCUUGCAGCAAUUCCUGAAACAUACGCAACUGCCUGGACAUGUAUAUUUCGAAAUCUGGAGCUCUCGCGUGGCCAGACCCUACUUGUGCGUGGUGGAACAUCCUCCUUCGGCCAGGCUGCAAUCAAUCUGGCCGUGAAUGCUGGAGCGAAAGUCAUCGCCACAACUAGAAACCUAGAUCGAGCCCCAAUGCUACUAGGACUAGGCGUGAAGCGUGUCGAACUGGAAGGCCCCGAACUGUCGAAGAGAUUGCCCGAGACGAAGAGCAUCGAUGCUGUGUUGGAGCUCGUGGGAAAUAGCGUGCUGCUCGACUCUUUGGCGACUUUAAAACGAGGUGGCCAUCUCUGCUUAGCUGGCUUUCUAGGGGGUCUGGCUCCAAUACCAGACUUUAAUCCCCUGCUCCAGAUGCCGAGCGGUGUGCAUUUCAGCUUCUUUGGAAGCUUCGUCUUUGGAGAACCUGGGUUCCCGCUUUCAGAUGUGCCAUUGCAGAAAAUUGCAAAUGAGGUGGCGGAAGGACGAUACAAAGCAAGGCCAGUGAGGGUGUUUCGGUUUGAGGAGAUUGCAGAGGCCCAUAAAGUGAUGGAUGAAAACCAUGCCGGGGGAAAGAUGGUCGUAGUGGUUGGGAAAGCCUGA